AUGCUUGGUGGAUUGUACGGAGAUCUUCCUCCGCCGACCGAUGAUGAGAAACCCAGCGGAAACUCCUCCGUCUGGUCAAGCAGUAACAAGAUGGCUCCAGCUACGCUUCGUAAACCACCGGCUUUUGCUCCGACGCAAACAAUCCUGAGACCUCUAAACAAGCCCAAGCCUAUCGCAUCGCAGUACAAGGCUCCUCCUCCUCCUCCUUCUUCGUCCUCCUCCUCACAAUCGGUACUUACUCCGGCGAACGAAGCGGCACCUUCGCAACCGGCAUUGGUUGGCGUGACUUCAUCGGUGAUUGAGGAGUACGAUCCAGCGAGGCCUAAUGAUUACGAGGAGUACAGGAGGGAGAAGAAGAGGAAAGCGAUGGAAGCUGAGAUGAAGCGAGAGCUGGAUAAGAGACGGAAAGAGGAGGAGGAAAAGGAGAAGAGAGAGAGAGAAGAGAGGGAGAAGGAAAGGGAAAGAGAGCGAGAGUACAACAGCGAGUCCAGGCUGAAUAUCUCCGGCGAGGAAGCGUGGAAGAGACGAGCAGCCAUGAGUGGUGGCAGCGGGAAGCGAAGAUCCUCGUCUCCGCCGGGGAACGUGGACGGAUUCAGCAUCGGGAAAUCGGAGACGAGUGGGUUAGGAGUUGGGGCGGGCGGGCAGAUGACAGCUGCACAGAGGAUGAUGGCGAAGAUGGGUUGGAAGCAGGGACAAGGGCUUGGGAAGUCAGAGCAAGGGAUCACGACGCCAUUGAUGGCUAAGAAGACGGAUCGUAGAGCUGGUGUGAUUGUGAAUGCUAGUGAGAACAAAUCGGCGGAGAAGAAGGUCAAGAGUGUGAAUAUCAAUGGAGAACCAACCAAGGUUUUGCUUCUUAGAAACAUGGUUGGGCCAGGAGAAGUAGAUGAUGAGCUAGAAGACGAGGUGGGAUCAGAGUGUGGAAAAUACGGUACAGUGACUCGUGUACUGAUAUUCGAGAUCACUGAACCGAACUUCCCUACACACGAAGCAGUGAGGAUCUUUGUUCAGUUUUCAAGACCCGAGGAAACAACUAAAGCCCUUGUGGACCUCGAUGGGCGAUUCUUUGGAGGAAGGACCGUUCGUGCCACAUUCUACGAUGAGAUGAAAUUCAGUAAGAACGAGCUGGCUCCAGUUCCAGGUGAAAUCCCUGGCUAUUAA